GCACAGAUCCAAUUUUGGAUGACGUAGGUGAUGCCUUCAAGCUUAUGGGGGUUAACCUGCACGAGCUAGAAGAUUAUAUACACAAUAUCGAACCUGUCACUUUUGCACAUCAAAUCCCUUCGUUUCCCGUCAGCAAGAACAAUGUCCUGCAGUUUCCCCAGCCGGGAAGUAAGGAUGCGGAAGAAAGGAAGGAGUACAUCCCUGAUUAUAUGCCACCUAUUGUCUCCUCUCAGGAAGAAGAGGAAGAGGAACAGGUGCCUACUGAUGGAGGUACAUCUGCAGAGGCCAUGCAGGUGCCACUGGAAGAAGAGGGAGAUAUGGAUGAGGAUGAGGCAAUUAACGAUGAGAACUACUUGAGCAAGAGACCAUUAGAAAGUCCUGAUGCUGAGGAAUUUCCACCUGUGAAACGGCCAAAACUAUCUGUUUCCAAAGGGGACACUUUGGAUGGAGCUUUGGAACCACGUGAGCCUCUUAGCUCAAUAAAUACUCAAAAAGUACCACCAAUGCUUUCUCCAGUUCAUGUUCAGGACAAUACAGACUUAGCCCCUCCUUCACCAGAACCACCAAUGUUGGCUCCCAUUGCAAAAUCGCAAGUGCCAGCUCCCAAAACUUCAGAGGCAAAGCCAUUUGUACCCAAAACAAAGUCCAAAACAAGUUCUCCAGGACAGAAGACAAAAUCCCCUAAAACUACGCCCUCACCAGUGGUAACUGGAAGUCCCAUACGUUCACCAAAAACUGGAUCCAAAGAAAAGAAGUCACCAGGUCGCAUCAAGAGCCCGAAAAGUCCUAAAAGUCCAAAGGUUCCUGCUCAUGUUCCCCAACCACCUGCAAAGCCUGAAACACCAAGCAGAACCCCUCUGGCUGCAUUAAGUGACAAGAUAGGAAAGGAAAACAUUCAAGUAAAACAAGGACAGACACCACCUGAGCCUGCCACCAAGCCAAAUAUUGAAAACCAGACUAAGAAAGUGCCAGUAAUGGACAAGACCAUUGAUGAUUCAAUCGAUGCUGUGAUUGCUCGUGCAUGUGCAGAACGAGAACCGGAUCCCUUUGAGUUUUCCUCUGGUUCCGAAUCAGAAGGGGAAAUAUUUACCAGUCCUAAAAGACUUUCUGUUUCAGAGACUACAACUCCUAAACCUUCUGUUUCUGCCAAUAAUGCAAACAAGGCAGGAGCAACUCCAGUACCCCCCUCAGGUGGGACUUCAAGUUCAGACAUUUCAUGGACAAUGGAUGACUCAAUUGAUGAGGUCAUUCGAAAGGCAAACAUGGGGACACCUUCUAAUCCACCUACCAACUUCACUUAUUUCUCCUCUCCAUCUGCUUCACCGCCAACUCCAGAACCUCUUCUCAAAGUCUAUGAGGAGAAAACCAAGUUGGCUUCAUCAGUAGAAGUGAAAAAGAAAUUGAAAAAGGAGCUGAAGACAAAAAUGAAGAAGAAAGAAAAACAAAAGGAAAAAGAUAAAGAGAAAAACAAGGAGAAAAGUAAGGAGAAGGAAAAGAACAAGGAGAAGGAUAAAGACAAGGAAGGAAACAAGGAAUCGAAGUUUCAGUGGAAGGAAGUGCUCAAAGAAGAUGAUCUUGAUCCCUACAAAUUCAAACUAAAGGACUUUGAGGAGGCUGACACAAAAGUGAAGUUGAAAGAUGGCAAUGCCAAAAAAGAGAGAGAAAAACAUAAAGAUAAAAAGAAGGAGAAGGAGAAAGGCAAAAAAGACAAGGAUAAGAAAGACAAAGAGAAACUUAAAGAUAAGGGUAAGGAAGAUAAGAUAAAGGCUCCAUCAGCACCUCUUGUGUUACCUCCCAAAGAAAUGUCUUUGCCCUUGUUCAGCACACCAACUGCCAUGAGGCUUCCCAGCAUGUUACCUUCUUUGUCUCCAAUGCUUCCUGAAAAACUGUUUGAGGACAAAGAGAAACCAAAAGAGAAGAAGAAAGACAAAAAAGAGAAGAAGAAAAAGAAAGAAAGGGAGAAGGACAAAGAAAAGGAAAAGAAGGAAAAGGAAAAGGAGAGGAAAGAAAGAGAAAAGAAAGAGAAAGAAAAAGAGAAACACAAACAUGAAAAGAUAAAGGUGGAACCAGUUGUUCCAGCUCCCUCACCGGUUAUUCCUCGGCUGACAUUAAGAGUGGGUGCAGGCCAAGACAAGAUAGUCAUCAGCAAAGUGGUGCCAGCUCCAGAGGCCAAACCUUCCACUCCCGUGAGCCGGCCCAAAACACCUCCGCCCGUGCCGUCACCCGUACCAGCCCCUGUUCACGUCACCCCUCCUUCAGCUCUAGCUCCUCCUCCUCCACAGGCCACCGUCUCGCCGGCCCUGAUCCCCCCGCCCUCCCCAGCCGUCUCGGCGGCAGGAGCCUCCAAAGCUCCGGUCAGGAGCGUGGUGACCGAGACCGUCAGUACUUACGUGAUCCGAGACGAGUCGGGUAACCAGAUCUGGAUCUGCCCUGGCUGUAACAAGCCAGAUGAUGGCAGUCCAAUGAUAGGUUGUGACGACUGCGAUGAUUGGUAUCACUGGCCUUGCGUCGGGAUCACGACUGCUCCGCCAGAAGAGGUGCAAUGGUUCUGCUCCAAGUGUGCCAGCAAAAAGAAGGAUAAAAAACACAAGAAGAGGAAGCACAGGGCUGACUGAAGGCUUCGCGGCGGGUUGGAGUCGCGCGGUCGCCGCGGCCCCCGCUGCCCCGACUCCGUUGCAGGGGGGAUCCAGCCUCCUCGUGUCUCGCCCUCCCUCUUCGGCUGGCCGGGGGGGCGGUGAUUCGGGGGGCGGGGAGAUGGCUCUCCCGUGGGGACUGUUGCGUUUCGCAGACCGUCCGAGCCCGGGCCGCUGGGUUUGGUACGUUCUGAUGCUGCCUUUCACCUACCGAGGGGAAUUUGCACAGAGCGAUACGAAGACUUCGGUAGUUCACGGUACCGCUCCCGCUCCCGUGGCUCGGCAGCAACAAAGAUGAAUGUUGUAAAUACAGAUCCCUGUCCUAUCCUUUCUCGAUUUGUUAUUAAUCCCUCUUGAACCUUUGCAGUAAGGUGCCUAGAGGAGGAGAAAAUGUAAAUUGCAGUAAGUUGUAAACUGAGGAGACCUUCUGGAAUGAUUUCUGUUGUCUGGAUGCAGUUCAGCCUCUGCUCCCGCUGAGCCAGAUAAUCGUAAUGUGGAAAUAAAAAGUGGCUGGUAAAUAUUUUUGUGACGAGAAUAUAUGAAGCUUUUUUCCUUGAUUUUUAGUACUAACAUAAAAUAAACACGUUCAAGCUUUUGUGAUA